CAAAAAAUUAAAUUAUAAUUCUGUUCAAAUAAAGUACUAUGUAUCCAAUUAGAGGGAAAUAUUGCAACCGCGGACGUCUCUAGGUUUUCUGCCUAGCUAGUUCUGCCGGCAGCGGCGUUUGGCCGCUUAGGUCCGGAGUUUUCUUGCGCGUUGAUUCGUUUUCCCAUUGGUAUUCCAUCAGGCUUAAACAUCGGCUCACAGGCUCGAAGAAGGGGGAAGACAGGUUCGAUUUUUCAUCGCUGCAAGGGUGCGGCUUCUGGCGUUUCCCUUGCGUCUCCUUGUCCUUUUGUUUUGCAGGUUUAUUUUAGUUCGGCACCUUUGCUUUGGGGGGCUUUGAGAAGGAGUCUGCUGACUGCCGCUAUUGACGAUCCCUUGGAUUCUGAGAAGAUUUGCGACUGAUUUUGGUGAAGCGAUGCUGUCGCAAUCCGGACGGGCUCUGGUCACGACGAAUAUGGAGGUGAUGAUCAUCAAUUGUGAUAACAUGUUUCUUGAGGGAGAUGAAGGAAAACUGAUUCAGGAAGAGGAGGACACGGGCGAGGAAGAGGCUCCAAACAGGAGUCCUAGGGCGAAAGAAGACGAAGAGGUGGAUGAAGGUCUGAUGAUUCGUCCUCCUCCUGAGCCGCCGCCGAGGAUGAUGCUUGAAGCAGGGAUUCGUUUGCUCUGUCAGUUUAUUUUAUUUUAUUUCGUUUUACUCUUGUUGAGGUUCUUAGGCAUGAAUACUGUCGUUGUUGUUUUCUGUAUUCUUUCUUUCUGCCAGACUCUUACAUUAGAUGGGGGCGAUGAGGGUUUUGCUCUGGCCACGUUUGACUCAUUUAGAUCCAUUACAGCACAAGCAAAUCAUAUUGCUCUAUACAGGGUGAUUGGUUCUCCAGCUGGUCCGAGGGUCGGUGGCUGGAAGUGUUUCCUUUAUCGUUUGUAUCCUUGCUGAAUGUUUUAUUAUCAAUUUAAGCCUCCUUGUUACAAAAAAAAUGUACUAUGUAUAAAUUAAAAGUACUAGAAUUGUACACUAACCUUGAACCGAAAUUAAACUUUGACAGUUUUC